AUGCUCAUAUAAAUCCUGUAUAUCUUGGCUUUCAAGGGCCUCCCUUGUUACUUUAUUUUUUUAGUUCUUGAAUUGACAUGAUUUCAUUUUCCUGCAGUUCCUUUCUUUGUUAUUGAAGAUUUAUUUUCUAUCUUAUAGUAUAUGCAUGUAUUGAGCAACUUUACAGACUGUAGUUUCCUCUUGUUAUUACCUUUGUGCAUUCUCUUGAUGGCAUUGGUGAUUUCUUUUUGUCUGUAUCCAGAGAAGCAAGUCAUUUCGAUAUCUCAGAUGGAGCAGUAUGAAGUAUUAGAGCAAAUAGGGAAGGGUUCUUUUGGUUCUGCUCUUCUUGUGAAGCAUAAACAUGAAAAAAAGAAGUAUGUGUUGAAAAAGAUCAGGCUUGCGAGGCAGACUGACAGGUCACGUCGAUCUGCACAUCAAGAGAAAGAGCUCAUUUCUAGAAUACGAAAUCCAUUUAUUGUAGAGUACAAGGAUUCCUGGGUAGAAAAGGGUUGCUAUGUGUGCAUUAUUAUAGGUUAUUGUGAAGGAGGAGACAUGGCCGGAGCUAUAAAGAAAGCUAAUGGUGUGCCUUUCCCAGAAGAGAAGCUCUGUAAGUGGCUCGUUCAACUUCUCAUGGCCCUUGAUUACUUGCAUAUGAACCAUAUUCUUCAUCGUGAUGUCAAGUGCUCCAAUAUCUUCUUGACUAAAGGGCAAGACAUCCGUCUUGGUGAUUUUGGACUUGCCAAAAUAUUAACUUCGGAUGACCUUGCUUCCUCUGUUGUGGGAACGCCCAGCUAUAUGUGUCCUGAGCUUCUUGCUGACAUACCUUAUGGCUCCAAGUCAGAUAUUUGGUCUUUAGGUUGCUGUAUAUAUGAAAUGACCUCUCUUAAGCCUGCAUUUAAAGCAUUUGAUAUGCAAGCACUGAUUAACAAAAUAAACAAGUCAAUAGUGGCUCCACUUCCAACUAAAUAUUCCGGUGCCUUCCGGGGACUUGUUAAAAGCAUGCUGCGAAAGAAUCCUGAGCUGAGACCCGGUGCUGCAGAGCUGCUCAGGCAUCCGCAUCUUCAGCCUUAUGUCCUUAAGAUUCAUCUUAAGAUGAACAGCCCUAGACAGAAUACAUUACCUUUCCAAUGGCCUGAACCCCAUUACAUGAAGAAAACAAAAUUUUUAGUGCCAGAAGAUAAUCCUCUCAAAGCUCACAGGGAGAAGAGAUAUUCACUAAGUAAUGAUAGGGCAUUAAAUCCAAGUAUAUCUGCAGCAGAGCAAGAUUCUGUGUCUUCUACUGAAGGAAUACAUGAUACACCAAGUUAUUUGAAUCGAAGUUUAUCAGAUUCAUCCAUCGAGAGCAGCCAUGAAGGAACAGUCAUUUGUAGAUCAAUUACUUCAAAACCUUCAAAUAUUGCCAAGACUACAAAACCUGCACCCACCAAAGCAUCUGUCACUACUAGGAGACGGACAGAGCCUGUAAAAAAACGUGAAUCUCUUCCUGUUACUCGUACACCAACAAAAAAAUCCAACCUAACAACUCGCAGAACAUCUUUGCCAUUGCCAUCAAGAACCGCGAUACAAAAUUCUGCUCGCGGGACUAAUAAUAGCAUCCUUCUCCAGAUAAAAUCUCCAGAUGUUUCUGUCAAUGCUCCUCGAAUUGACAGGAUAGCUGAAUUCCCGUUGGCUUCAUAUGAAGAACCGUUCCUCCCUUUUCGCAGAACUUCAUCAACUUCAGCACAAGGGUCAUCCAACUCCUUGCAUCAUGGUGACCGCUCAAUCACAAAGGACAAAUGCACAGUUCAGAUCAGUGAUAGAACCUCUGCCAAGCCUAAUUUCACUGAGGCAUGGCAAGGAAUUGAACAUGGCAUGUUUCAGGUAGAUGAAGAAAAUGGAAGCAACUCCUCCAACCAAAAUGCAACUGCUGGGGCAUCAAGCCGCACCUCAUCAGACAUGAGGAGGCGCAGGUUUGACACCUCAUCAUUCCAGCAGCGUGCUGAAGCUCUUGAAGGUUUGUUAGAAUUCAGUGCAAGAUUACUGCAAGACGCAAGGUAUGAUGAGCUCGGGGUGCUACUAAAGCCAUUUGGACCUGGAAAGGUUUCCCCCAGGGAAACUGCCAUAUGGCUGACAAAGAGCUUCAAGGAGAACACUGCCAAACCGGAAGAUUGAUAGUGACCGUUUCCAUUUGUACCAUGCUGCGACUAUUUUUAGAGUUCAAUCUAUCGACUUUUCGCCAAUUAUUAAUGGGAUAGGCACUAGAUAUUUGGGCAGGGUAUUUUUUAGGUUGUAAAAAUUUUAAGCCAAUUGAGAUGCCCCGUGUAGCCUGCUAUACGUCAGAGACUAAAAUUUCCUAUUUUUGCAAAUGAACAGCAGUAACGAGGCUGUGUUCCUGUACUCGGUACUCAAUAGAUCCAUGGCUAAAACUGUAGUGAAUUAGAUGUGUUUAUCCUAAUCACUUCCCUGCUUCCUCAUGUAAAUUUCCAACGGUUAUUUUGAUCUACCAUAUUCUCUUUC